AUGCAAACAACUACUUUCGAUUCCAACUUUUCGAUUUUUGACAAAAAGUUCAUUUCUGUUGUCCCAAAUGAAUGUUCCCACUCUAUUGAUAUGGAACCAUUAGAUGGUGAUCAAUUCUGGCCAAAAAAACAUAAAUCGCCCAAUAAGUUGAAAAAAAUUAUUUCCAAGACAUUUAAAUCUCUCAAACGCAAAAUACUCCGCAAACCAAGUAAAGUCGCCGUGACCAAAGAAACCAUGGUUUCUGAAAUUACAUCUUUCUCAACUGAUGACGUUAUAAUUGAAAUUGAUGAAAUUGAUGAUAUAGAUGAAAUAAUUGAUAUUUAUUCAUCAAUUCCGGAAUCGUUGGAUAAAGAUGAACCUAAUUCGUCUAAUAUCGUCGAAUAUGAAGCAUCAUCUACAUGCACUUUAGCCGAAAAUAAUAUCAUCGAUCAUAUCGAAAACGAAUCUACCAAAUGCAAUCCCAUGGAAACAAAUUCAAUCCUUUAUAUUCCUUAUGAAAGUGUUGAUAGGACGAUCAAUAUACUGCGCAACAUUUCGGAUUGCGAGUUGAAAACGUUAAUCGAACAAAAAUUCAUUUAUCCUUUGAGCGAAGAUCCCGUUUUUGUUCGUAUCAAUGAUUAUUAUGAAGAUUCUAUCGAUAAACACGAUGAAAGGAUUUAUGAUAUUGAUUUUUUAAAUUAUUUGAUUAACAUAAAGAAAGCAUAUAUUGGAUUUAUAGCAAUUUUGAAUUUAGAUUAUCUUCUAUAUUUUCGAAUGUAA